CAAAUCAGGACAGAGACACGAUGGGUUAAAGAGGAUGGACCACAACUCCACCCUCAAACACCCCAAAGAUUGUUUCUUUGUCCUCUAAUACAUAAAAAAGGGAUCAUAUCUUAUACUGAAUAUAAGUUUUAAUUUCAGCUCACGUCCCACCAGGUAGCGUCAGACAGAACGGGUGAACAUCACUGUGCCUAACAGAAGUGUUUUGGAUCAUCAUACAGCAUUUAGAAAACAUUCAGUGGUUGGACAUGUUCCUUUAAUGGGACAAAUGGGUAAAAUCUGUUUAGUUUUGAUUUUUUUUUUUUUUUCAAUGAAUUUUUGCAUCUGUGAUGCCUUGAAAAUGAUUUCAGCCUACUGAAGGCUCACGUUUGACGAGAUCAGGCGUUGGCCUUUUUUGCAGUCUUGUUCCAAUUGUGCGCUUGUUAUUGUGGUCCACUGCUGUCUGUUUGUGUCUCAGUUGUCCUCAUCAUCAGCUGGGCAGAGCUGUCUUCGUGCUGGCUGAAAGGAGAACCUUUUGCCAGAGGUUGUGGUUUCUCUGUAAAGCUAGUGAUGCCAACCCUUGUGUGUAGGACUUUUCUGUGAUUAGAACAUCUUUAAGGUUAUUCUCAUUGUUUAAGUCUUUGUUUGAAACAUUAGACGGUCCCAAUGUAAAUGAGUGCAGUCUAUGAGUCUAUGUGUACUGUAGCAUGCAUUGCUGUCUGCUACAGUGUCUUUUUUUAUAUCACUGGAAGUUGCCGGUCAGAAAUUGGUCGAAUACUACACAUAGGGGCUUCAAAGACAAAUAGUGUCUCAGCAACACCUCUUAGUUGUGUAACUUGAAAUACAAGUAGCAGCAAAAUAAGAAUAGCUUCAAAAUAGUUAUACAAACUAAUCCAGGCACACAAAAUCUGUCUAUUUUUAAACAUUGUUUUUAUCGACAUGAAUCAACCAUUUUUAUGUUUAAAAACAUUUUGUUUCUAGACAAGAUCAUUUAUAUUGAGAAAAUGAAAUUCAACACAAAGAAGAGCAUGUGCACUGACAUGCUCUGGUUUUUGAAUUUGUUUGUAUUCAGAGGACAGUGUAGCUGCAGAUGAGGCUCAUUCUUCCUGCAGCUGGAUAUGAGGACUGCAGCAUUGACGCAGUCAUUCUCUGCCCUCUUGUGGUCAUCACUGGUACAAGCUUUAUCUCGUCUAGAAACUGGAGCCUAACAUAACCAGCCAUGCAAACAGAGUCCCCGCUCCUGCGAUGCGCCAACUGAGGUCUGCUGUAUAAUUUUACAUUCUAUUUUCUUCAAACUGUUUGUUGAGCAGAACUGACAAAUUGAGGUUUGAGAUACGUGUUGUUUUGAGAUGUGAUGCAAGUGUUUUGCAUCAUCUUUUCAGUCUCAGUCUGUUUGUUGCCUUAACCUUCUUUCAGUGUUACAAUAGUGAGAUGAGAAUCCUCUGAAAUUUCAGUCGGUGCAGAUGAUAAACAUACAUGUGCACAACACAGCACUUUUUACAAUCCGAGUACAGGGGUUUCUGUGUGCACACCUACUGUACAUAUGUGUGUGUGUGUGUGUGUGUGUGUGUGUGUGAAAUAGAGCUCAUUUGGACAAGAUGCUAAGUUCACCUGAGGUCUGUUUUCAUUCAAACUACAAAUUGGUUUGUGAUUCAGCGACUGUGUUAAAAUGAUUUGUUAGAGACAUUUUUGUGUAUAAGGGCUGGGUGAUAAUUCAAUAUCAUGUUGUGAUAUGAUCUUGUGUUAUCACUCCACAAAUGUCUGUUGUCCAAAUGAAUUCAUCUGAGCAAGCUGUAAUUAAACUAACAAAAUUAGUUACUGAAGUUUUUGUUUUGCACAUAUGAAGAGUUUGAUCUCAUGUAAUUCAUAACAGUGGAACACAAUCAUUGCUUUGAACAUCAGUUUGAUUAUUUUGAUUUUCCACACAUUUGCCAAAUUGUGUCAUUAUCUUGAUGACUUAAAAUAUCCUUAUUUAUAUAAUUAGAAUGAUUUCACCCAUAUCGCCCAGCCCUACUGUAUUAUAAAAGCAUCAGCACAUAUUCACUGUCAUUUCUCUGUGGGGAAACUGAUGCCACUGAAAAUCUUAAGCACAACUGCUGUCCUGAAUGUUUGUGUGACUAUUGAUGUGUUUGUCUUAUUUUACCACAUUUUAGUACAAGCUCAAAGUCCAUUCUGUGAAUUCAGAAACAAAUGACAGUGCUGGUGUUGGCUCCUGACUGUAGAUCAUCUUGCCGUGUAUCUUCCAGAAUUUGUAUUUUAUUUUGUGACACGUCAGCUCUGAAAUCUCCACAGACAAACUUCUGUUACUGUUGGAAACCUGACAGUCACCCAAACUUCGGUAUCGUGGCUCUACAUUAUUGUGAAUGCAUGCCUUAAACACUCCGGAUUCCCGCCGCCCCUUACAGGAGCUUGUGAUGGACUUUCUUCUUCUCUGUCAGGGAGGACGUCAGGAUGUGCUGGUGCAGCUCUUCCUGUCUUGUCUCCUGUGGACUGUGCUAAGUGCACUUGAUGUACACAAAUGUAGGUUUUAAAAACAGCGAGGACACUGGUCCUGUUGAAUUUGUUUUUAUUCUUGUUUUAGAAAAAUAUGUGCAAUUCCUCUCAUCUCCAAGAACGCUGCAGCAGCUCCCUGAAGUAAUUUCACGCAGCCUUUAUCGAUCCUGAUUCUGUUGAAUUCUUCGCCACCAAAAGGUACUAUAGCUUUAUGAAGCCCCACUUCUGUGUUAUUUUUUUCAUUCUUUCCCCCUCACAUAUUGAUGAGUGGUGUCUGGUUUUGUAUUUUUCUACUUGUAAACUGUUUACAGGUGCAGUAUGCAGAUACUAAUAGUAGCACCUCAAUCAGUUAAUGGAAUAUUUCAACUUACAUUGCAGAAUCAAAGUUGUACUGUACAGUAUAACAAUAAAAUUAUAUGAUGUGCUUUUGUUUGAAAUGGGAACAUGCUUCCAAAACUAAUGUUUUUUUUCUCCUUAUUUUGUUUACGAAACAUUGAGCAUUAUAGCACCUUUCAACCACAAGGCAAUUAAAAGUGCAUUACAUAAGAGCAAACAUUUCUAUUUGUUUUGACUUAAAACUGAUGAAAUACUGUAUCCAGUAACUAGUGACAAGUUCUCAGUUGUCCUAAAAGCUGCAUGUACAAAAAGGCAGCCAGUAGAGGCUGUUCCAGGGGAGACUAAAAUCAAAAGGAGGUAGCUGCAGCAAAACAGCAAUCUAUUUUGAUAGAAACUGCAGAGAUUAUAUUUUGCAUAAAAUAGACAGACCGAGUAUGUUUGCAGUUUAAAUAAGGGCUAUAAAAUGGAAGUUAAUAACUUUGUAGCCCCAGAAACAUAGCAAUAGGUUAAGAGCUCUCUGCCAAUCAUACAGAUCACAGCAAAACAAUAUUGUAUAAGGAAAUCUCCAAAUCUCCAAAAGAUUUACUAUAAUCAUUUGAUGUUGUUUUGUAGGUUGACAAGACUUUCCCUAAUUAAGAAAGAAAUAAAGAAACAACAAAGUAACCUCCCACUAAGGAUGCUAUGGUUAUCUCUGCCAAAUAAUAAUCUACCUCCAGUCCUUCCAGUAACAUCUGUAAACUGAGAACUUCUCCGCUUUUGGCUUGCUUUUUACAUUAAGUUUUAUAGCGUUAAAUAGCCGAAAAGCUACGAAUGCCUUCGGCUACCUACGUCAAUCACGUGAUCCAAACAAGAUUCGGCUCGCGCAUGUGUAGCAUCUUGAAAAUGUCCAACAUUCCUCGGCUAACGUUAGCUAACUAUCGGUUAUAAUGCAAAUUGUACCACUUGUACCCGUGGAUGUAUACCCACCAUGCUCGACGCCGACGAUAACAUUUUGGUUUCCGGACGACUUUAAUGGGACUUACAUCCCUAUUCCUUUAGAUACAGUCUAUGAUUUAGACGCACUGGGUCUUCGUCUGUGUUCCCAGUUACUGGAAAACUCCAUUAACCGUCAGCCCUUUGUUCAUCUUCUGAAGUCACGAGGUAACGCUAGCCUCACUCUGCUGCGCUGAGUAGCUGCGUCUGGCUGCUACUGUGGAACAUUUGAGAAAUGGCUCGUACUCGAGCUUGACUGCCCCGCUGAAACUGCAGUGUUAGCCUGCGCUCAGCAAGUUCACCAUGAUGUCCAUGACUUUUGGGGUGUCGAGCAGCGUGACACUGCUGUUUGACUUCUGGGAUGUGCACGGGCCUGCAGGGAUGGUGAUGUCAGUGUUUGUGGUCUUGCUGCUGACAGUCUUCUACGAGAUGCUCAAAGUGUGGAGGGUGCGGCUCGGGAGUGGCUCUAAGCUGGCCGCCCCUCCGUCCUACCACAGCGACAGCGGCUCCGUACUGGACAGCAGUCCCUCCGAAUCCUCGCUGACCCCCAUUGAGUCACACCCUCCCGUUUCAAACACCAAAAACAGCUGGUUGCUGCACGGUAUCCAGACUGUCCUCCACAUGCUGCAGGUGUCUCUAGGCUACAUGUUGAUGCUGUGCGUCAUGUCCUACAACACCUGGAUCUUCCUCGGGGUCAUUGUGGGCUCUGUCCUCGGUUAUUUCAUCUCAUUCCCUCUCCUGGGUUAGAUCUGAUGGUAUGGACAGUUCAGACAGAGGAUGGCAUUGUUGCUUUAAAUUUCAAUGGAUCGCAUGUUCUGGAUACUAAAUUACGGAAGCGUAAUGCAUUCGAUUGAGAGAGAAAAAAAUCUGCUGUUUUUCUAAAUUAACGAGACACCUCAAAAUCCUGCAGGAAGCUGUCAUUUAGCUCGAUUUCAUGAACGCAAACGUCCUGCCUGUUUAGUUUAAUCCAGUUUUAUUUUGGUUUGGGUUUAUAAUUACUGGAUUACUUAAUGACAGGAGUAGCCUAUCUCGUAAUUGAGAUAAUUAUCGCUUUAAUUCAGAAAAACAGCAGAAUUUUUUUUUCUCUCAAUUGAAUGCAUUACGCUUCCGUACUAAAUGGGGAAACUACUUGAUUUAGUUUCCCCAUUUCUGGCGGGUGGGGUGGGGUGGGGGUGCACGAAAGGGGAAUUCCUCGUAUGCUGAAGAAUGAGCUGCAACACUAACUGUCGCUUAAAACUCAUCUGGAUGUGGAAACAUCAUUCUGAUUGUCUGUCACCAGUUUCAGUCUUCAGUCUCUCUUCGGUUUCUUGCCUCGGGACUCCGUUGUUAACUUGAAAAGACUUGAACUGUACAUACAAAGUUCUAAUAUUUAGUCUUUGACCAUAGGGACGAUGUGUAUCAUUUCAGAAUAAUGAGGUGUUUCUUUUGUAUUAAAAGGGACAUGAUGUUCUGUUUCUGAGACACAGUCUUGCUUAUCUUCUCAAAGAGCAACAAGUGAGUAAUGUGAAAAAUGGAUUUUAGUCUCCAGGGAAAGGAGAGCUGUUUGCUUAAACUCUUGUAUUUAUUUAUGUUCAUUUAUCCUAAAAUAGUAUACAUAUGGAUUCAAAGAGGAGAAAUGCAUUUGAAUCGUCCACAGCGGAGGUAUAACCAGAACUGAGAUGGGAAGUCAUCCGUAGCUUGUGGCAUAUUAUGGUUGUUUCUGUAAUUUUUUGUUUUUCUGGUCAACCUUGACAGACUUUUAUAGCCACUUCACAGUUCACUGUAUUUUACCAAACAAUGUUAUGACACUACAGAUGACUGAAAAAUUUGAUUUCUUAUCUGUUUAGAAAAGGAGAGCUCUGACUAUGUUGAUAAGACACUGCUACUUUCAAGUGAAACUCAACCUGAAGGCUUUUAUGUUUUUGACUGCUUAAAAAUCUAUAUUUUGUGAGUGGAACCAACAUCAUAUUUAAAUUAUUGAAUACAGAUUUUCUGUCUUUUUUUUGCAGUGUUUUGGAGUUAAACCUAAAAACAGGCUCGCACUUCUAGUUGAGAUUUACUGUCAGGUCAUAAGACAGUACUCAGAUUCAGGAACUGAAUCAUAGGAUUGUAGCUUGUGAACUUCUCUCAUGUGUCAUCUUGGUUCACUAACAGAUCAGAGUCAUUGCCACAGAACCACAUGAUCGACUUUCACCAUCCUGAUAUACAUGUGACAAUCAGUGACAAACCACAAACCUACAAAACAGUUUAUGUGCCUUGCAACUGACAUUUCAUAUGUGUUUUUGAAAUAUGCUAUUCAUCUUUUGAAACAAGAGUAUUUUAUUACUGAUUCUGAUAAUAGAAACAUAUUCACAUAUGCUUUACUGAUGAAUAACAAUAAUUUUCUUAGUGAUGGUUUUCCGUCACAAUAAAACUCUCAAAGGACUUGGUCGACAAAAAUUAAGAAUAAAGUUGAUGAACUAGU